AUGGUCACGACAAGAGCUCAAUCGCGUACACCGCGCAAAGCAAGCCGUCGAAUCUCUUUCCCUGCCGAUUCAAACGAUAACUCACCGACACCGGCUCCUCGCUCCAACUCUUCGCGUAAUUCUCCUACCAAGAGGUCCUCAUCAUCCAACUCGCUCAACUCGCUCAACUCCUCUUCCCCUGCAUCUCCGCCUGUUCGUCGUCGCAAGUCGUCCGUCAUGAGCUCCAAGUCGCUCUCCAAGGAGCAGCUCGGCCCUAAGACCAAACACUACGAGUUUGCUGGCCCAUUCGGCGCUGCUUUCGUCUCGCUCACCGUCCCUUUCUUCUCUUACUACCUCUACUUUGCAUGCUCCGAGAGGUUGGGUUGUGCCCUAACUCUUCCCAUCGACAAACCCGAUGCUAUUCGGUCUUUGCUCCUUCAAGGUGUCAAGGACAGUCUCUUUGACACCACCGGCUGGGCCAUCUAUGCCGCUUGGUACGCAUUCACCGUCCUCGCAUGGAUCGUGCUUCCCGGCAAGCACUUUCAGGGCACCGAGCUUCGAACCGGUCAGCGCCUUUACUACAAGCUCAAUGCCUUUGCCACCUUCAUCGUAGCCAUGGCUGCUUCUGCUGCUUGGAUCUUCUACAAGGGCCCCGAGUCCUUCACCAUCUUCUACCAGCACUGGCCUGGACUCCUCUCAGCCGCGCUCUUUAAUUCCUUUGCUCAAGCUGUCUAUUGCUACCUCGUCUCUUUCGGUGAGGGCAAGCUUCUUGCUCUUGGCGGCAACUCGGGUAACAUCCUCUACGAUUGCUUCAUUGGUCGCGAACUCAACCCUCGCAUUGGCAGCUUUGACAUCAAGUCCUUCAACGAGCUUCGUCCCGGCCUCAUCCUCUGGGCUAUCCUCGACAUCAGCUGUGCCUGCCACCAGUACAUUCAGCUUCACCGCCGUGUCACCGACAGCAUGAUCCUCGUUUGCGCCUUCCACCUCUGGUAUGUCGCCGAUGCUCUCUUCAUGGAGUCAGCCAUCUUCUCCACCAUGGACAUCACCACCGAUGGUUUCGGGUUCAUGCUCUCUGUCGGCGAUCUUGUCUGGGUCCCCUUCGUCUACAGCUUGCAGGCUCGCUACCUUGCUUUCCAUCCUGUCCACCUUGGCGUUGCCGGCACUGCUGCUAUCAUCGGCGUCAACCUGAUUGGAUAUUACAUCUUCCGUGAGGCCAACUCCGAGAAGAACCAGUUCCGCAACGGUACCAACCCUAAGAACCUGAAGUACAUGACGACCGCUUCCGGUCGCAAGCUCCUCACUUCCGGCUGGUGGGGUCGUUCGCGACACCCCAACUACCUCGGUGACUGGAUCAUGGCUUGGGCUUGGUCGCUCCCCUGUGGUUUUGCUACUCCUAUUCCUUACUUCUAUGUUGCUUACUUUGCCCUCUUGCUCGUUCACCGUCAGCUCAGGGACGAUGAGGCUUGCCAGAAGAAGUACGGAAAGGACUGGGACAAGUACUGCAAGCUUGUUCGCAGCCGCAUCAUUCCUGGUAUCUACUAG